UGGUAAUGACAUUCACGUGGCUUAUAUAAGCGUGUUGCAUUAUCAUCAUCUCCAGCACAUCGAUUCUCUUUAUUCCUUAUAUUUCUUUCCAUUUAUCAAUCAUCUCCAACCAUAGCAUCAAAACCCCUCGUCCAUUUCCCCCAUUGCUCAAAAUGCCCAUUCAUCACGACCCCAUAAACCCAUCCCUAACACUCAACUCCCCCAACCCAAAACACAAAAACAUCAUCCUCACGCGACCCCGCACCACAGACGCAGAACCCACAAUCCCCGCCUUCAACAAUCCAUCCAUCUAUCUAAAUCUCACCGGUCCUCCCUUCCCAUACGCGCAAGAAUCAUUCGAUUCCUUCUUCACAGAGGUCCUGGAUAAAAAUGUAAGGAUUGCAGUAGCGGAACUGUGGGAUGCGAGGGAAGCGGAGAGGAACAAAGAGGGAAAGAGUUGGGUUGGGGCAAUUCCGUUUCCGAGUAUUAGGGAGGUGGUGGUUGAUGAGCGGGGAAGAAGGAGGGAGUUGUUUAUUGGGCAGGUGGAGGUUAGGAGGAGGGGGUUUGUGACGGUUUUGGAUGGGGAGAAGAGGGAGGGGUUGGUGGGGGAGAAUUUGGAGAGGAGGGUGGGUGAUGAGGGGAUUGAGUGGGAGAUUGGUUGUAUGUUUUUCUUUCGUUUUCGUCGUUGGGUUUUUGGCUUUUUUAAGAAGGUAGAUGCGUGAUCAUGCUGCUGAGGGCUGGCUUGAGUUGCUUCGGUGAAUUUGAAAGAGAUGAGUGGAGAACACCUCUAUCCAUGGAUCUCAAGGAUAGCUCAGCUCAUACACCUGACACCAAUUUGGUAGUACCAAAUUCUCCUCCUAUCCAUCCAGCUAGUCAUCAAGCGAAAACAUACCACUAUUCUCCCUUCCCCUUCUCCCCUACCUCCUCUCCCAAAACCAACAAACUAACAUCCCACCCUCCCACCAGUCUGGCUCCUCCCCUCCCACCACGGAAAAUCAAUCAUGCCAUCCGUCCUCCAAACCCUCCUUUCAGAUUUCUUCAUCCCAUACAUGAAUAUGCAUUUCCUAACAGGUGAAUAUCUCGAGUUUAAUACGGCUAGUAGGAGGGUUUUUGAAAAAUGUGGGUUUAAGUGGGAAGGGGUUACUGAGGAGGUGGAGAGGAUACACGACGGGAAGUUGGGGCGUUGGGGAGUGGUUGGGGAGGAGAGGGGAUUGGGGAAGGAGGAGGAUGCAGGGAAGAGGAAGGAAAAGAGUGGUUGUGGAAUGGGAAGGGGAUGCUUGGGUGAGGGGAGAAGGUAGGUGGGAGUUUGGUGGUGUGGAGGGAACAGUUGAGGAGGUAUAAGAUGGGGAGGUGAGAAAGUUGUUAGAUGGAUGAAUAGAAAAGAGAAAGGAAGAUUUUAAUACUUGGAUGAUGAUAACGCUUUUAUUAACUUAUAGAAGCGGAUAUUUUCCACAAAGCCUGGGUAGUUUUUGGAUUAAAUUAAAUGGAUAGAUAGAUAGAAAAUAGAUAGAAAAUAGAUAGAAAAUAGAUAGAAAAUAGAUA